CCAAGGGAUACUGACAAUUCCAUCAGACUCCGGAGAAAGAACCAACAUGAAGCAAGAAUAUCAUCAAGUGCCGAACGCAGAAGGAAAGGAGUGCAUAGUCAUCGUCGGCACGGGCUGGGCAGGCUUCAAUGUCUCGCAGUAUCUGGAUGACAAGAAGUUCAACAUCACCGUGGUUUCGCCGGAAGAAACAAGUCCAUAUACUCCGCUGCUUGCUAGUGCAGCAUGUGGACUUUUUGAUUUCUCGCUGGCGGAGGAGCCAAUUCGACACAAAAGCAAGCGCAUCAAUUACUUCAAGGCCACUGUCCAAUCUGUAGAUUUCCAGAACCGGAUCUGCAGAUGUCGCUCGGAAUGCGAUGCUCAUGAUGGGAAGCAGCGUCAGUUUGAGAUCACAUAUGAUCGACUUGUCCUGGCUCCGGGAUGCAUCACGAAUACUUUCCACACGCCCGGCGCAGAUGAGCAUGCUUUCUUCGUCCGCAACGUUGCAGAUGCGAAAAAGGUCCAAUACCGCUUGAAGCAGCUUCUCGAACUCGCUUCGCUGCCUGAUGUGAGCAAGCAAGAACAGCGAGAGCUGCUGCACAUUGUCAUUGUCGGAGGAGGACCAACCGGAGUGGAGAUCUCAGCCGAGAUGUCUGACCUUUUCAAUGAGGACAUGACGAAGCUUUAUCCCAACCUGGCUGGAAAGAUGAGCAUUGCCAUUCAUGAUGCAGCACCGUUCAUCCUAGGGGCAUUCGAAGACGCGCUGCGACAGCACUCCAUCAAAAGCUUUGCCAAGCGAAAUGUGAACGUCAUCACAGAUUCUAAGAUCAAGAAGGUCGAAAGCGACCACAUCGAAACUGAAGUCGAGGGUCGAAUCGGAUGUGGUAUGGUGAUCUGGACGGCAGGAAAUAAGCAAUGUCCUCUGGUAGAUUCUCUGGACGUUUGCAAGACCGACAAGCUUCCUCGAAUCAUGACUGAUCAGUAUUUGCGUGUCCUCGACGCGCAGAAGCAACCAAUGAAGGACGUAUACGCACUGGGCGAUGCUGCCGAUAUCAAGAAGUAUUUCUUGCCCACGACCGCUGAAGUCGCAGUUCAGAAAGCAGAAUAUCUUGCCAAUGCCAUCAAUCGAGGCAUUGAAGGGCAGAGGCCUUUCCAGUAUAGACAAAAGUCGCUUGUUGCUUACAUCGGCGGUCAUGAUGGAGUUAUCCAGGGUAAAGACGACUGGUCUGGUCCGAGAGCUUGGGCAGCUUGGCGAAGCAAGAACCUGUUGUGGACUCGGAGCUGGCGGCGGAAAUUCAUGAUUAUGGCAUAUUGGUAUCUGGAUUGGGUUGGCGGGAAAGAAAUCGCCAGGCUGUAAAAAUUGUCAUUUUGUG